GGAGGCACGGGCGCGUCGGAACCGACUGUAACUCGCUAUCGUUGACCCGUCAUGUUAAGUCUUCGCCCAAACAAUUUAAAACAAAUGUCACCUCAAAGAGUUUGUAAAAGGUGAUUAGUUCCUUUAAGGAUUAUAUCAAGGCUUCUAGUAGGGUCGCGAGGUUCUCUGCACGAGUCUACCUGAACGCGAGUCAUGAGGCUCUCUUUUCCUGCCCUGCUCUGUCUUGGAACCUCCUUGGUCUCCCUUGCCUUGGUAGUCAACUCUCAACACAUGUGGACCAAACUGAUUUUAACUCACCACUGGCCCAUCACGUUCUGUAGUAUGGAACACUGUCAUCCCAACAUCAGCUACUGGACACUGCAUGGACUCUGGCCAGAUAAAGGGAUUGAUUGUAAUUCAUCAUGGCCUUUCAACUCCUCUCAGAUAGAGGAUCUGUUACCGGACAUGAUGAAGAGCUGGCCUGACUUGCUGAACCCUUCAUCAUCUGGAUUCUGGAAGUAUGAGUGGCAUAAGCAUGGUACCUGUGCAGCCAAAGCAGAUCCUCUGAACAGCCAGCACAAAUACUUCAGCAAGGCACUAGAGCUGUAUCAUAAACUGGACCUGGACAGCGUCCUGAAGAAGUCUAACAUCAUACCCUCAGAGGAAUACUACUCAUUUUCAGACAUUGAAGCAGUCAUCGAGAACUUCUACAGGGUCAAACCUAAGAUCCAGUGUGUCCAUCCAUCUAAGGGUGAUGCUGCCCAGGUUUUGGGUCAGAUAGAGAUCUGCCUUAGUCCUGACUUCACCCUCCUCAACUGUGAGAAACAUAGUCCAAGGGAAACCGUUGCCAGUGAAAAUCACACUGUCAUUAUGGGAACUAAAAAGGCAUCUGGAUUCAGCGUGUGUGACCACGAUGUGCCUGUUUACUAUCCCCCGCUGCCUUGAUACACAUCUAAGCACCCACUAAGGAAACACUAUAGUGUUCCAUGUACCCUGACACGGACAUACAGACCCCCCCCCCCCCCACACACACACACACACACACACACAUAUUCAUACUUUUAUCAGCUGGACCUAUUUACCCUAACCCUGCACAUGCACACCACUGAGGCGGCAUACAGGUACUGCUUUCAUAGGACUCCUGGAUAGACUGGUGACCAACAUCAUGUCUUCCUCAUAAUAAGCCUUCUAGUCUAUUCCACUCCGUCUUUUUGAUGAAAGUAAGGUACAGAAUGUGACUCGGUAUUCAUUGCAAGUAAAUUUGUUUCAGUUGGUAUUUGCUUGAAGCCUGUGCUGAAAAGAAGUUUGGUAGUCCCUGAAAGUGAUCAAAUUUACCUGCAUGAACAGAUUCAGAUGCAGCGACCUUCUGCCAGCACGAUAAGCGCGAUGGUUUGUACUCAUCAGUGACAGUCUGGGAUCUUUACUGCUGCAAACCCCUAAUGCCAUGUGAGCUGCUAGUGUUACUCCAUGCUGUUGAAUGAGUCUGAAAAUGUCCAUUAUCUAGCUCCCUUUGUCUCUUGGGGAUCUUGCAAACAUUUAAAGAUGAACUUUCUUUGUCUCAUUCAUAUAAAAACAACUUUUGCCGGUUGACUUUUGCCAGUGUAGGUUGGUUGUGGCUGUUUUUGUUUGUAAAUAGUUUAAUUUAGUGUAACAAGGUUAACAAUACUACAGUAACAAUGUAACAAUAAUAUUAAUGUUUUCAAAUUGUAUAAACGGUGAUACCAGUUAUGCUGUUACCAACCAUGCUAGCUCUGGAUCCAAAGUGCUGAGUCUUACAAAGGAUGAAAUCAAUGCAAAUCAGUUCUUGAAUGCCAUUAUUAAUCACAAUUUUCCAUUAUGCUCCAGAGGCAAAUUUGUAAUUUGUGAUAUUGGGCUACACAAAUAAAAUGGACUUGACUUGA